AUGUCGAGUACGGCUGCUGCACCACCACCACCACCUCCCCCUGCUCCCGCUCCCGCUCCUACAUCCAACCCCACCUCCGCCUCGACCAACGUCGAACCAGGUCCCUCCACCUCCACCGCCCCCGCUCCCCUUCCUCAACCCCAACCCCAGCCCCAACCCCAACCAACAGGCCCAUGCGCCCUCCCCUUCCCCACCACCGAACUCUCUCGCCUCCUCCCACCCUCUCUCUUCCGUUUAUACGAAAAGCUAAAGUUUAGAAAAGAGGUUGAGAGUGCGAAGAUUGAUGGAUUGGAGGAGUGUCCUUUUUGUGAUUGGGUUGUUGUUAUUGAUGUGGGGGUUGAGGAGGAGAGGGUUUUGAGGUGCGGGAAUAAAGAUUGUGGAGUGGUUAGUUGUCGGCAGUGUAAGAAGAAGGAGCAUUUGCCGAAGAGUUGUCAAGAAGCAGAAGCGGAUAAGCAUAUCGAUAAGAGGGUUAUGAUUGAGGAAGCUAUGACUCAAGCGUUGAUGAGGGUGUGUCCGAAGUGCAAGAAAGCGUUUAUCAAGGAGGAUGGGUGCAACAAGAUGACUUGUCCGCAUUGUCGGACGAUGUCGUGUUAUGUGUGUAGGCAGGUUGUUACAGGUUAUGAUCACUUUCAUAACCAGCAGCAACCCGGGAUGCCGGUUGGCAGUUCCUCGCGGAAGCCCAAGUGCCCGCUCUGGGAUUCCGUCGCGCAUCGGCAUAGUGAAGAAGUCAAGAAAGCGUACGAGGAAGCCCUCGCCAAACUCAAGGAGUCGAACCCCGAUGUCGAGAUUGGGAAAGAUAUCAAGGUGGACCUGCCCGAGGCGCCACCACCGCCUGUACCGGGACAGCACCCAGCGGGCUACAUCGAUCCCUACGCUCUAGCGCGCGGUCAGCAUCCUCACGCGUUCGGUGGUGUGCACUGGGGCGGUGGUCGUCAUCUAGGCCAAGGCAUGAACCACCACCUCAACCCCAACCACCCCAACCACCAACACCACCUGAAUUUCGCCAACGUAAUGAACCAGUACAUGUUGAACCGGUACAUCCCGCCACUGCAGCCCCCAGCGCCGGUUAUACCACCGAAUAUCGACCCGGCGCCGUUGAGGCUUGAGAGGGAGAGGUUGAGGGAGCGGUUGAGGGAGAGGAGGGUUCGGCUUAGGAGGGAGGAGAGGUAUUUGGUUACUGCGGAGAGGAGGGAGGAGGAGGCGAGGGAGGUGUUGAGGGCGAGGGAGGGUGCUGCGGGGAUGGCGAGUGCGAGAGCCGCGAGGACGAGGACGGGGGCGGGGGCGGGGGGUAUAGGAGCGGGUGUUGGUGUCAGCGCCGCCGACGCCCGCGCGAUCGAGGAAGCGAGGAACCUCGUGCGACAUCGGGCGGUUGAGCGUGCUGCGCGUAUGGUGCAGGUUGAGAAUUUGAGGAGGGAGGUUGGGGAGGGUGAGCGGGAGGUUGAGGGUGUUGAGCGGAUGCUUGCUAGGAGGGAGGAGGAGGCUGAGCGGUGGAGGGCGGAGAGGAGAAGGGAGGAGGAGGGACAGGUGCAGAGGAUGAGGGAGGCGGAGAGGGAGGCGGAGAGGGAGUUGGAGAGGGAGGUGCAGAGGUGGAGGGAGGCGGAGGUGCGGAGGCGGCAAGAGAGGGAGGUGGAGGUUCAACGUGAGAGGCAGAGGCAGAGGAGGGAACGGCAGCGUGAGAGGGGCAGGGCGAUGGAAGCUGAGCUGGGGAGGGAGAGGGAGGUGUUGGAGCGGAGGUUGGUGGAGAGGGAGCGGGAGCGGGAGAUGCAGCGGGAGGGGGAGAGGCUUUUGCGGGUUUUGGCGGAGGAGGAGAGGGAGAGGCGGGGGAACGCUGGUGCUGGUACCGGUGCGGGUGGUGCGAAGAGGAAGAGGCGUGGUUGA